AUGGCAAGAGAAUCUGCUCAAAGGGCUGACAAGUAUGGUCCUGUCUGUAGAGUGAACAUGCUGCAUUCUGUAUUUCUCAUUGUUACUUGUCCUGAGGCAACCAAGGAGUUCUUAAUGUCACCAAAGUAUUCCAAAAACCCUCUUAUGUACAAGAUGAUGUUCAACUUAUUUGCUACCAGAUUCCUUGGAAAUGGCUUGGUGACCGCCACAGAUCAUGAUUUGUGGUACAGGCAGCGCAGAAUCAUGGAUCCUGCAUUUAGUAGUGUAUACUUACGGGGUCUGAUGACUACCUUCAAUGAGAGAGCGGAGUGCCUGAUGACCAAGCUGAAUGAGUAUGCCGAUAGCCAGACACCGGCACACAUGAAUAAGCUGAUCAACUCCUUUGCCCUGGAUGUGAUUGCAAAGGUGGCCUUUGGAGUUGACUUAGAUUUACUGAACAUCAGUGACUCCCCUUUCCCUCGAGCCAUAGAGUUAUGUCUGAAGGGCACGGUCUACCUACGAGAUCCAACCUUUGCGUUUUUGAGGAAGAACAAAAAGGUGGUGCAGGAAAUUAAGGAAGCUGUCCAGUUUCCUCGUGAAACAGGAGCCAGCUGGAUAAACGAGAGGAAGAAGGCUGUUCAGAAUGGUGAGGAUGUGCCUAUGGACAUUCUUACACAGAUUCUCGUAAGUGCAGAGGAAAACAAAGAUGACAACGAUGAGGAAAUCAUGCUUGACAACUUUGUCACAUUUCUCAUAGCAGGUCAAGAAACAACUGCUAGUCAGAUUUCAUUUACCAUCAUGGAACUUGGAAGUCCUGAGAUACUAUUGAGGCUAAACGAGGAGUUGGAUGAAGUCCUUGGGAUGAAACAGGAGAUCAGCUAUGAGGCCCUAGGAAAUCUGACCUACUUAACCCAGGUGCUGAAAGAGUCUCUGAGGUUAUACCCAACUGCUCCUGGUACCUCUCGCUGGCUGUCAAAGGAAACUGUCAUUAAUGGUAUCAAGGUCCCUGCAGGAUGUGGCAUUAUGCUCAGUACGUAUGUGAGUUCAAGGAUGGACAAAUUCUUCAAGGAUCCACUGACAUUUGAUCCAGAGAGAUUUAAUUUGAAUGCUCCUAAGCCUUAUUUCUGCUACUAUCUUUUUGCCUUGGGCCUACGGUCCUGCCUCGGGCAAAACUUCUCACAGAUGGAGGCAAAGGUUGCACUGGCUAAACUACUGCAGAGAUUUGACUUCAGCCUAGGGCAAGGGCAGUCUUUUGACAUCCUAGACACGGGGACACUGCGGCCGCAGAGCAGGGUGAUAUGCACGAUCAAACAGCGCAGUAGUGCAUGACCCUCAGAGCCCUUGACAAAGUGUCUUACAGUAA